AUGGAUUCACUGAGCUUCCUUUCCCUCUUUCUCAUUCUCUCAAUUAAUCACAUACUCAUCAUCAAAGCUCAAGCCCCCGCCUUUUCACCGGCUCAACCUCCGCCGGCAACGGCCACCCCACCUGCGGUGGCGACACCACCAGCUACAAGCUCUCCACCUCCCUCGUCAUCGCCGCCACCAACAACAGCCACACCUCCCGCGGCAACACCUCCAACUUCAAGCUCUCCACCACCCUUGCCCCCGCCACCGACAACCGCCACACCACCAGCAACUCCGCCGCCAGCACUUCCUCCACCAGUUCCAGCGCCGGAAACGCCGCCGCCUGCAUUGCCUCCAGCUCCAACAAAGCAAGCGCCUGCACCAGCACCUGUGCUUCCGCCGGUGUUGGCGCCGGCUCCGGCGCCGAAGGGAGGAAAAAAGCAUAAGAAGAAAAGGCAUAGGAAGAAGAAGGCACCGGCACCGGCGCCGGCGGCACCAAGUCCGCCAGCACCGCCGUUAUCUUCUUCGUCGGACGAGGAUAUCACGGCGCCAGCGCCGCAACCAGAUGACAAUGGAAGUAUAGCUAUACAAGGAAGAUGGGCAAGAACAAUGCUGGCCAUUGUUGUGCUCUUUGCAGUUGUCAGUUGAAGUGGAUUAUUUCUGCAAUUUUUUUCUUAUAUCAUUUAUAUUGAAAAAUUAUUUCAUUAUAUUGUUAUUUAAAAAAAAGGUUCAAUUUUUAUAGUUAUUAGAGCCUUGGCUUGAUUUGUAAUAAAUGUAAAAUAUGGUGGAUUUUGGUAAUAUGGGGUUGCAAUAUUGAAAUUUAUGUUAAAGAUUGAAA